AACAUGCUUGAAGAACUAGUAAUUCAUAAGCCAGAUGAUCCCAUUCAGUAUAUGAUAAACCAUUUAAAGCAGAACAACGAUGAUGCUCCAAGAAUUUGUGUACUUGGUCCACCUGCGUCUGGGAAAACUACAGUUGCAAUGUGGCUUUGUAAACAUUUGGAUGCCAUACGUAUCUCUCGGGAGACUUUGUUAUUCAAGGAAAUAUUAGCGCUGACAAAAGAAGCAAAGGCAUAUAAAGAAAGAAAGCAGAAAAUUCCCAACGCGCUUUGGGCCAAUCUGAUCCAGGAACGUCUGUCAAACGUGGACUGCAUCAAACAAGGAUGGAUUUUGGAAGGCUUCCCUGAAAAUCAGGAACAGGCAUGGAUGCUGCAAUCAUCUGGCAUCAUUCCUAGGCAUGUUGUUGUGCUUUAUGCUCCAGACACUGUGCUGAUUGAGAGGAACAGUGGGAAAAGGCUUGAUCCCGUCACAGAAGAGGUGUACCAUACGACCUUUGACUGGCCAAGUGAUCUGCUGGUACAGCAACGUUUGGUGAAACCAGAAGAUCUAUCUGAACAGGAGAUGUCAAAGAAACUGCUGAAAUAUCACAGAAACUUCCCUGAGGUUUUCCAGAUCUACCAAAAAGUUUUGAAAUCGAUCAAUGCAGACCAGCCUUCCAUGGAUGUCCUCUCACAGGUUCUUACCUAUGUCCAAACACGGCACCGAUCAGCCGCCCCCUUUACACCACGGAUUCUCUUCUGUGGACCCCCAGGCAGUGGGAAGAGCCUGCAGGCAGCACUAAUAGCUCAGAAAUACGGUGUUGUCAACAUUUGCUGUGGGCAACUGCUAAAGGAAGUUGUUGCAGACAAGACAAAACUUGGAGAACUCGUUAAGCCUUAUAUUGACAAUGGAUACCCAG